CUAUCACCCACUGGAGGACGACAGCGAGGACGACCAGGACCAGCAGAGGGGUAUUGCUGAAGAUCAUGGACAUGAGCAUGGCAGAAGCAGCGCAAAAGCCAGUUCAUCUCAACAUUCUUGUCCUCCGGAACGUGGUGUUGACCAGCAGCCGAGAAAUUCCGUCGACGCUCCUGGCGUUGUGUCUGACAGUGUGUUUUGGAAAUUUGUGAUCCUGCGAUGGUACCACGAUGUCAUAUUAAGCCUCAGCUUUCCUUGGUCAUUGAGGUCGUUGGUCACUGAGACCGAGGAGGAGACCCCUGGAGGAAAGAUGAGAGGAAAAUGAAGGGAAAGGGGAGAGCUUUGAGGGUGGUCUCUUCCGUUCAGCAUCAGUGACCAACGAGUGCCGGCCUUUAAUCAUAGCAGCACUGCGGCAGGGCAGUCGAACGCGGCGCGUUCGUUUCGCUAAGGCUUUUCGCAAGUGGCAGUACGCGCGACUCAAUAAUGUGCUUGAUAUCGAGAUGAAUGGUUCUUGUUCGUAUGAAUCUUUGACGAGUCCUCGAGGGCAUAGUCAUACUCAUCAUGGAGAGUAUCAUGACUACCUCCACCACCAGGAGGACGCGACGGAGAAAAAGGUGUUUCAAAGUUACCUUUCCAGUGCCGCAGCGAAAGCCAGAACUACAUCAAAUCGCGGUGGGCGUGAGCUUGCAGGGACACACAAGGCAGAGGAAAGUCGGAUUUUUCUAGGGUCUUCUAGGAGCACUCUGGAAGACAUGGAUCUUGUUUCCGCAAUAGCUGCCUCGAGAGCAACUGGAGCAACAUCUCAACAGGUUCACGACCUGGUCCCAAGAGUACUGAAGAUCGCAGGCAUGCCGUUUAUCUCGGAAAACGAAAUGGCAUUUUGGAAAUCAACCUUUCCAUCGCAGCAGAAAACGAGUGAACAACUAGAAGAACUCAUUCUCGGUUUUCUCUGGGGAGGUCUUGUUUUAGCGCAGUCAGAUGAUCUUUCUGGAGGUCGUGCGGGCAGUGCUCGUACUUCCAGAGUUGAAGGCGUCGAUCAUCAUCAACCUCGUCUCAACAACCAAGGACAAACGAUUCCGAAUUCAAUGAUUGUGACGGGUCUUUUUGACGAGCAGGCGUCGAGGGGCCAAGAACAAGAAUGUGGAGGCGCUUUCCCGAGGGGAUCGAACAUUCCAGGCAUGUUGAAUAGUCGGCGGUCCAAACAGCAACACGCUAGUUCUUCAAUGGCAGGUUUAACAUCGACAGACGGAGGGCGAGAGCGCAACGUCGACGCUGCGCAGCGUAUCCGCGUUUUGCGACUCUGGUUACAGGACUUGUGCCCGGAUCAAGGGAGUAGUAACUUAGGUGGAAAUCAUUCACAGGAGUUGUGUCGCAUUUUUCUGCAUACGUUAGUUCGCGAAGUAUCGCCCAGAACGGUUUGGGAGCUGUUGGGUUGGUCGCUGGAGCCCAGGUUUUGUUUGCAGUUGACACUGAAGACGUAUCAGCCGAUUUUCAAUUUGUACACAGACAACAGUUAAGGGUUACCGCAUUGCAUUCCCCAUUACCUACUGUCCUUGACUUGUUGUUGUUUUCCAGUUGGAAGGAGGUCAGGGAUAAUCUGAAGAAUGCAACUCCGCAACCUCUAAAACAGAAGUGUCCGCGCACUCGCAAACUGUGCGCGGCACAUGGGCUUCGUGCGCGAUCUGACCGAGCACCAACAGCAAGCGCUGGGAAUCCGCACUGUCCACCUUGACAUGCCAGCGAAAAGCAUUUCAACGUCUUACAGUACGGGCCUUCCUGGUAGUACGAAAGUUUUGUCUUUCUCCUCAAGCUCCGCUUCCACACCUAACGGCCUAGUGUCAUCAUCGCCUUUGUCAUCUUCCAGUACGGCGGUUUCUAGAUCUGCUGCGUCAUUGAGACCAGCGUCAAUGUUGCUCCACAGCAUGGGGUGGCGCUCUGGGGCCUCCUUAGUAUCGAUGUACCAACCUAAUACUAGCAACU